AAUACUUUAAUCUUGAACUGGCUGCCUCAAAACGAUGUUUUAGGCGACCCUUCUACCAAACUAUUCAUCACCCACUGUGGAAACAACGGUCUACAUGAAGCUCUCUAUCACGGAGUCCCAAUGUUGGGCUUCCCGUUCUUUGGCGAUCAAUUUGAAAACUGCAGACGAAUGAUUGCUAGUGGGUUUGGUUUGAAAAUGGACAUCUUAACUUUCACGGAAACUGAACUAUUGGAAAACGUCUUGGAAAUUCUAAAAAAUCCAAAGUACAAAAACUCUGUAAAGCGCAUGUCAGAGGCAUUCAAAGAUCAACCAAUGACAUCUCUUCAAACGGCUCUCUUCUGGAUCGAACACGUGAUCAAACAUGGCGGCAGUCACCUGAGAUCAAGUGCAAUAGAUUUGCCUUUGUAUCAAUUUUUAUGUUUCGACACUAUCUUUUUUCUUAUUUUAAUAAUCAUUUCUAUCGUCUUUGUCGUUUUCAAAUUAUCAAAGUUUUUACUUAAAUUUCUUUAUUGGUUUUACAUUUAUUACUUUCUUGAUAAUAAAGUAAAACGUCUAUGA